GAUCGAUGUCUCCCAUAUUUUUCCCAUCUUCUCUUCUCUUCUCUUUUCUGUCAGUUUUUACUUCUUGGGGUAAUUUCCCAUCACUUUCUUCAGAAAAACGGGUGGUUUUCGUUCUCACUUCCAACCCUCUCCACAAGCUUGUGGAUAGUGAUCCCGUUUUCAUACUUUUUCCUGUAGACCCACCUCUAUGCCUCAGCUUAAUUUCGAUUAAUAAUCAUUUCUAAGCGUCAGAAUUUCAAUUGGGUAACGAGGGACCCGGUAAUUUGUUUGUGUGGUGGGUGCUGCCUAAUCGCUCUUGGGUUGGAAUCAAAAGCUUUAAUCGUGUAACUUUGAAAGCGAUUUGAGGACACUCUUCGAACAAGCAGAAGGAUUUCUAUAGAUAUUAGUCUUUUUCGAGAUUUUGAUUGCUGGAUUCUGACGUGUGAGUUUAUUUUUCUACGUAUUUAUCCAACUGUGAAAGGGGGUUUUAAUUUCUUUCUCUGUUUCUUAUUUUUUAAUUUUAUUUUUUGGGUUCGAUGUAAUUCUGAAGCAAUACACACCAAGGGUUUCUUGGCUGGUUCUAUCUCGUGUGAUGUGGGUUUGUUGGAUUUGCUGGAGGCUGGCUGGUUCUUGGAGGAGACGAUCAGUACAGAAAUUUUGAGCCAAAACGUUUGUCAGGGUUGAAUUGUGAGACGACCUAGAUUUUGCCCUUUGAUCUAUUCUUGGACGAUUGCUCUCAUGUUGUUGCCACUUCGAUAAAUUUGAGCUCCUUUAACCAUGGAGGGUGCUGUUGAGACACUACCAAAAGUUGAAUCGAUUGAUAAUGAACUUCAACUUGCAAGAUUCUCACGUCACCAGCCUCGUGUUAAAGCCUACUCAUCAUCAUGGCUUGAUUUGAGAGUCUUCUAUGUUAGGAUCAGUAAUUUCCAAGUAGACAACUUGACGCCCGAGUUCCUCACACUCAACCAUAUCCCUCUCAGCCACGACACCCUUUUUGAGGUCAAUGGAGUUAGAUGUAGUAGUCACUCUGAGGGGGUCUCUUCCUCCCUGAGGAGAGAUAGGGCUGAUAAGAAAUCAGAAGAAGCUACGUUUGUGACCACUGAUAAUAUAAGGUUGAGUGGAAGUGUAAAAUUUGAAGUAUAUGACAAGGAAGAUUUGAUUCUUUCUGGGAUUCUACAGAUGUCAAAUUGUAAUGGUUUGUUAGGGGAAUCGAAAGGCAAUGCGAAGAAGUGGCACAUGAGUUGCGAGUCGAAGUUGGGCGCUGGCUUCUUGAAGGGAAAGCAUAUGAAUGGAGCUGAAACCUCUUCCCCAAUAAUCGAGGUUUAUGUAGCUGGUAGCUUCUCCGGAAAUCCUAUCAUCUUGACUAGAACUUUGCAGCUAAGCUCCCGAAAGAAGCAGAGUUGGAAAUCCAUGUUGGAUGCCAUACCAGAAUCUGAGACACCUGAAUCUAAUGAAGAUCAAUUUCCAGAAUAUGAUUUACAGGCCACAGAAUAUGCAAGAUACAAACAGGAAAUCGACAACGGUGACGACUACGACUACAACAUGUAUUGGAAAAGGAGAGAAUAUUUAGACAAUGAAGAUGGUGAACUCUCCUGGUUUAAUGCAGGCGUGAGAGUUGGUGUUGGUAUAGGGCUUGGUGUUUGUUUAGGAAUUGGUGUGGGUGUUGGCUUGCUCGUCCGUACCUACCGAGCGACUACUCGAAACUUCUCGAGGCGGUUCGUUUGACAAAUCCAACAGUUACUGAAGUUUUUUUUUUUCUCUUUUGUUUUUUGUAGAGGAGACUUAUGUAGCUGAAAUUUUGAUUGUGGAAAACUUGUAUGUUUAAAGAAAGUGAUGGAGCAUUACUUGUUUGUCCAUAGAGAGAAACAAUGAGAUGAUUAGAUCAUUUGUAAGCUUUGUAAUGCCUUUGUCUGCAUGUAUAGUAGUGUGAUUCUGUUGUAAGGAAACAGCAAAAUGAUAAUUGAACUUUCUAUUUUAAUUA